UCACAAGCAUCAUACUCUUGUUACUGAGCAACGCAAAUUAAAUUACACAGAAACAGUAGCGACUUUGAUAAACCGUUAUAAUACGUACUAAAACAGGUUACUAACACUGAGAUGACUGACGUCAGAGAGCAGAUACUUUCCGUUGAGCAGAAGUAUAAACUUUUCAAACAACAGCAGUUUAUAUUUAUAACGGCUCUUGAGCGCUCGAGGGAGAACGCCAGGGACAAAACUGAGCCUGUCUCCACCGUGACACAGGUCCAAAGGUACAUGAAUCACCACUGCAGCAAUUCCACAGACAGACGCAUCUUCUCACUCUUUUUGGAAAUUAUUUCUGAUCUUGAAGGUAUUUUAAAACAUCUGGAGACCUCACUGUCAAGCAAAAACACUUCUAGUGAGGGCCUGAACACUUGCAGGGAGAUCCUGAGCCUCAACAGUAACAUCAGUGAGCUAAGAGCACACUACCCACACAAUGAAAUCAACCGGCUAAGCUGUGAUGAAGCAAGAAAUUUCUAUGGCGGGAUUGUGAGUGUGAUUCCACUGGCUCUAGACCUCCUCAACACCUACAGCAGAGGAGGUGCUCAACGUGUCACUCCAACAGCUACAGAAACAUCUCAACAAACAGUUGCAAAAAAUGCAGAGAUGGUUGAAGGCCUUGAUAAAGAUACCAGUAACAAACUGAGUAGAUAUAAAGAAGGUGCAGGUGGCUGGCAUGCUGGAAAACCAGCCUGGAAGCCACCGGGAAAUACAAGGAGAUAAAACACUUCUUUCAACACUUAUGCAUGUAUUGCAGUGAGCGGUCACACAAAGUAUUAUUAAAAAUACAAU